AUGUUACCGAAGCAUUUGACAAGGGAACUCCACCACUCCGCGUAAGAUGUGACAGUUGUCUUAAGAUAUUGUGGAUGUUGGUCAGUCAUUUGGAAUACAAUUCACUGAAAAUCCUGACAACAGAGGAUACAGUAAGUAGAAAUGACCUGUGUUCACAGUCAGUAUGGAAGCCAGCCCUACGAGAAUAACUACUACACCUCUGAGUUCCUGACUUCUGACUUGACCGCCAAGCUGGCUAUGGAUUUCAGCGGCCAGCGGGACCAACUGCCCACCCCUUCCCUGCCUAGCAUUAACUCCCUGGUGGGUGGCUACAGCGGCGAGUUUGAUGCGUACUCCUGUCAGAUCGCCUCGGCGGGCCCCGCCUCCACCGGGGCCGCCGCUGUGGAAACGCAGUCGCCCUUCAAGCUGGACGACUUCCAGGUGUACGGCUGCUACCCGGGCACCUUCGCCCUCAGCUACAUGGACGAGGCCCCGUCCUCCUGCGGCUCCGACUGCUACAGCAGCCCCGUGUCCGUGCCCUCGCCCUCCACGCCUGGCUACCAGGCGCAGCCCGUCUCCUCCUGGGACUCCCCGUUCGGUGCCUACUCCCCGGGGCCCGGCUGCUGGGGUGCGGAGAAGCCGGCCCAGCACCACCCCCCCUCCUUCUUCACCUUCAGCCCGGCCUCGGCCGAGCUGCUCUCCUCCCCGCACAGACCCGAGCCCUUCGGCCCGCCCCAGCAGCAGCACACGCCUCCCCUGCCCUACGGGCCCCUGGGCCUGGAGCAGGGCCCCGUGGAGGGGGCGGCUCUAAUGGAGGGUGCGCUGUCGCCCAAGACCCAGAGCCCCGCAGGGAACGAGGGGCGCUGUGCAGUUUGUGGGGACAGCGCCUCCUGUCAGCACUAUGGGGUGCGCACCUGCGAGGGCUGCAAGGGCUUCUUCAAGAGGACUGUGCAGAAAAAUGCUAAGUACGUGUGCCUGGCUAACAAAGACUGCCCAGUGGACAAGCGGCGGAGGAACCGCUGCCAGUUCUGCCGCUUCCAGAAGUGUCUGACCGUGGGGAUGGUGAAGGAAGUUGUCCGGACAGACAGCCUGAAAGGCCGCAGGGGUCGCCUGCCCUCCAAGCCGAAGAGCGUGCAGGACCCCGUUUCCCAGGCCAGCCCCGUCAGCGUCAUGGCUUCUCUCGUCCGGGCGCACAUCGACUCCAACCCGCCCAUCGGGAAGCUGGACUACUCCAAGUACCAGGAGACAGUGGCCAGCCUGUCGGAGAAGGAGGACGCCGACGACAUCAGGCAGUUCUACGGCCUGCUGACGGAGUCCAUGGACGUGAUCCGCAAGUGGGCCGAGAGCAUCCCUGGGUUCUGCGCCUUCUGUGCCGAGGACCAAGAGCUGCUGCUGGAGUCGGCCUUCGUCGAGCUCUUCAUCCUGCGGCUGGCGUACAGGUCGAGCCCGGAGAAGGACAAGCUGGUCUUCUGCAACGGCGUGGUGCUGCACCGGAUGCAGUGCAUCCGCGGCUUUGGCGACUGGAUCGACUCCAUCAUGGACUUCUCCCAGAGCCUACACCGCAUGAACCUGGACGUCUCCUCCUUCUCCUGCCUGUCCGCCCUCGUCAUCAUCACAGAUCGGCAUGGCCUGAAGGAGCCCAAGCGGGUGGAGGAGUUCCAGAACCGGCUGAUCGCCUGCCUGAGGGACCACGUGACCGGCAGCACGGUGGACGGGGCGCGGCCCAGCUACCUGUCCCGCCUGCUCGGGAAGCUUCCGGAACUGCGCACCCUCUGCACCCAGGGCCUGCAACGCAUCUUCUACCUGAAGCUGGAGGACCUGGUGCCACCGCCCCCGAUCGUGGACAAAAUCUUCAUGGAUACCCUGCCCUUCUGAGGGACGGGACAGGGGGAGGAGGCGGUCUGUCAUGGUGCUGGGGCUGAGGGGGUGAGGUGGGGCGGCCAGAGACUGUAGAAGACGUAAAUGCACUGAACGCUUUUUGUUCUUCAAAGUUGGAAAACAUAUCAGGUUCCUAACUGCCUUUGGGACUCCCACAGCCUUUCUUGCCUGGUCCCAUCUCAUUGGACAGCACUGAGUGCCAGGAGAGGCACAAAGCUGCCUGAUGCAGCCUGUCCACACGAAACCACUUUCAGGAGGACUGGAGCUCUCUUUCUUUCGCUCUCUGUUGCAAAUAUUGGAUUAUUUGGAUUAUUAGCGAAAGGAGGGAGAAGAAAUGGUGCAGUGCGUUUCUGUAAUACCAUGUGCAUUUUGUUUGUUUGCAUAUUUCUGCGUGUUUUUAUGGCUUCGACUGUGCAAACCCCUGUAACCAUCGGUAUGGACUAAGGGAUUUUUUAGGGGGAUGGGGGUGGGCUGGAACGGCAAUGGGCUGGAACUCGGACAUGUGGCACACGCACAUCGCUAAGGGUCUGAGAGGACCAUCCCAAAAUACAAACAGUACCAGAGCACAAAACUGUUCAACUUAAACAGGGUUUCUUUCCAUCAACUGGGAGAUCCUGCUCCUUUUUCGUGUGGAGCUUGUUUUCGACAUGAACUACAUAUAUACUGAACGUGCUUUCAAUGAAAACCUAUGUCAUACUGAUGACGGGAGAGGCCUUGGACCAAAAAGAGGAUGCAGGUUCAGAGGGAAGGUUUCUAACUCUUAAUGCCUGUGGGGUUAUCAGCAUUAGAAGUAAAGCCUUAUCAACCCCCCAACACAAAAUUAGCCUACAUUUCAGUUAGAGAAAACCCCGGGUGGCCUGGAUGAUUCCGGCUCAUCCCGUGUAUCUUUGUACAGUGCCUUAAGAGUCUUGAAUGUUGUUCAAUGAAAGAACUGAUGGUGAAAUGCACGACAACAGCACUUAGUUUCAGCCAAUGGCUGAGUGUAAACUGUCACGUGUCCUGAUUUCUCAAGUCCCCCACCAGAACUGUGGAUGGUUCUCUCAUUCAGUCACCUAGAUAUACUGAGAGAAAGACAGUGGAGGGAAAAACUACUGUUAACCUUACAAGUGUUGCCUUACAUACCCUUCUUAUGGAGAAUAUUUACACUUGUUUGUUUCGUGACAAAAUGUGACAGGAACACGUGCAGCUAUGAGCACUUUGUACAGCAUUUUUAACAGCUUUUAUGAAUAUUAUAACAUGUUUUCUAUGUAUGUUUACUAUGUGUGUGCAAAACAGGCAUUUAUUUGUAUGUAGGCUAAACAGGUAGAUAUACUUUAUAUUUUGCUGCCCUUCUGACAAAACCUAAGUGAAUUUGGGGAAUGUUUAUUACGCAUUUUUGUAUUUUCUCAUAAAUGAACAGAAAAUGAAACAGCCGCUGAUUGCAUUGAAAUCUGGACUGUGGUACAAAUUUUAUUUUGUCGUUGAGCGUUGCUUUUGAGAUGCUGGGUUUUGUCAUGAUGUGUGACAGCUUUUAAGUUUAAUGGUUAUGUGGUACACACAAAAGAUAAAUAUAUUUACACAAAAAUUUAAUAUUAAAAACCAUAAAUGUU